AUGGACAAUCCAACCACCCACCACCCCCUCAACCCCAUCGACCGCGCCUCCGCCAUCGCCCUCGGCAUCCUCCUCCUCCUCCUCCUCCUCUCCGCAAUCGCCUACUACACACGCACCCACCUCCGCGCAACCCGCCAACCCGACCUCGAGCGCCAACACCAAGCCCAACUGCAGCACCACAUGGGCGCCAGCACCUGGUCCAGACGCCAGAGUGCGCGUGACGUGGAGAGUAGGUCUGGCAGCAGCUUUUGCGAGAUGAAGAGCAUGGAGGCUCAAAGGGCUUCGACGGCGGAGCCGCGUGGUUCUACGACGGAUGGGUUGCAUGAUGGGUUUGGUCCCGUGGUUUCUGGGGCUGGAUGGCGUGGGCGGAAGGGAGAUUGCUUCUUCGUUAAGCCGUGGGCCUGGCUGUCGUCGUCGAAACGCAGGACCGCCGUGGGAGAAGAGAGUGUGGGUCAUGUAUCCUCGCAUGACUACAUGUUUGGGACAUGUACGCACCAGCCUCGGCACCCGGAAACAGAGUCUCGAGGCCCAUCGCCUUGCUCGCCAUCUAGUUUGACGCUCAACCCGCAUUUCCAAUCUGCGUCUCGGGAUCAAGUACAACAUCACUACGUCACAGAACAUUCCCGCAACCACCAGCACUACUACUACCGCCGCCGUCCCUUGUCCUUCCCACUCUCAUCAAGCCAGUAUCACCUAGAUCGUGCCUGGUGGCGCGACACUGCAACCCUCGCAUCAUGUACCACUACUGACGCCCCCAUCGCCACAUCAGCCCGUCUCCCUCGGUUCGAAACCAUCCCAGAGCCAGAAAUAGCAUACUACAACCCACUAACACGCAUGGUAAACACAGAGGCAGGAGGAGAAGAAAGCGGGCGCGCUGUGUUGAACCGGGCGAAUGGCGUGGAGAGAAGGAGGAGUGAGGGCUCUGGAUCGGCGUCGGACUCUGUUUUGUAUGACUGGACGCGUCCAGGGUUUGUAGAUGGAAAUGGACAUGCUAUAGGGAGACAAAAAGGGAGGACGACUGCGAUUGGAGGACGAGGGGCUGGUGGCGGUGGUGGUAAGGAGUAUAAGAGUGCGGAGACGACGAUGAGAGAUGGUCAGACGAAGGGGUGUAAUCCCUUUGUUUGUGACACUGAGCCCGAAACGUUCGAGGGUAUUCAACGAACUGACUGA